AUGUCUAGUCCUUCAGUUGCAGUUUCGGUAGUGGUGGCAAUAUUGUCUGAGAAAAUUCAAUUCCCAAUUAAGGUUGUGACCAGAGAUAUCAAGAGCAAAACCAGUACGUCUAAGCUCGAAUAUAUUGAAGGGGAGAUAUCUGAAGCUAAUGUUGAUAAACUUUCGGAACAAUUGAAGGGAGUUGAUGUUAUUGUAUCAUUAACCCCAGCAUCUCCUCCAGCUAAUUUGGUGAAGGAGAAAAUUUUGCAACAAGUUAAGCCACAAAUUUACGUUCCUACUCAAUACGGGCUCAAUGGACGGGAGGUUGACCAAAUCUUACCGGGGAUGUUCAAAUUCAACAUUGACCAUGUCGAUAAUGUUAGGGCCAUUGGUGGGAUUAAGGUUGUUGAAUUUUUGAACGAGUUUUUCAUUGGAGAUGGUUUCUUGACCGAGAUUGUUGGCCAUGCCGGUAUUGAUACCGAGAAAAAGACGGUCACUUAUGCCAAUAAACCAGAAACAAAAGUACCUGUGACUUACCUUCCAGAUAUUGCCAACGCAAUCGUCGGUUUGAUAACAUUAGAACCUUCUGAAAUCCCCCAACUUUUGAAAAUUCAAUCCGCUGAGGUUUCGUUUGAAGAUAUUGCUAAACUUUACGAAAAAAAUCAUAAUGUUAGUUUGAAAGUGGAAACCGUCCCCCUUGAAGAAGUCGUGAAGCAGGCUAAUGACAGGAUUCAAAGUGGCAAAGCUCUUGAUCACAGGGAUUUUAGCUUCAUCAUAUGGGUAGCUAGUUCUACCGGUCGCGAUAAGGGUGGCAGUUACAGCGAGAAUGAUAACGAGUUGAUAAAUCCAGGAGAAAAAUCUCUCAAAUGGACUAAAUUCCAUUAA